AUGCAAAGGGAAAUCAAAGCCCUAAUGUUGCAAAUAAUGAAAAACCAAAACCCCCAGCCACUGUCGAUAUUCAAUUUGCUGGACAAGCCUAGCAGUCAGCUCAAUAUUCUAAAUAGCUCGCAAUACGGGACUGAGAUACUGCAAAUGGCCUUGGGAGACACGGUACGGUGGGCAAAGACAGAUGAAGGCCUAGCUUUCGGAUCAAUUGAUGUGACGCCCCGUAUUACCCUCGGUAAAUAUUCAGAUCUGGUAUCUUUGGCUUCUUAUUUCCCACCUGAAGACACCAAUAAUAACGUGGUUUCUUCAUUAUCGACUUUUGACAUGCCCGGUAUACCACCCCAGCUUGUCGCUCUGCAGCAUUUCCUCCAGCACUUUAUUGUUUUGACAAGCAAUCACACACUAAGCCAGACAAUGCUUUUCAACGUGGUUGAUUGGAUGUUGAAGAAUAUUGAUGCAUCUCUUUUUUCCUACCUCUUCAGUCUCAAGUCAAUCGCCGUUAAGAUAUUCAUGAGGAAGAUUUUCCCUGCCGUGGUGAAUUCUGGAAAUACAAAGAAGGCUCUUUACCCCGAAUUGUCCAAUUUGUUGAUCAUUUCAACAAAAGACGGCUACCAUGGGAGACGAAGACUUGAAGUUUUACAAACGCUCCUCUCUUUUGGAGCAGAUCCGGAGUAUUUGGUUAAAGACGGACCGCGUGGCAUUCCCCUAGUCGAUGCUGCAAAGACGGGAAAUCUAGAUGCUGUUAAGAUGCUUAUCACAGCAGGAUCCGGAAUCAAUGUAUAUGUGCCAUCAUACUUUGGAACUGCUCUCCAAGCAGCUGUACAUUCCGAGAAUUUGGAAUUGGUUGAAUGUCUCUUGGGAUGGGGAGCAGAUGUCAAUGUUCCACACGGCCCCCAAUACUACGUUCAAAUUGAGAAAUUUGGAUAUUCACAAUACAUAAGCGAAUUCAAAGCAUGUGCCUUCAAAACACCAAUUCAAAUUGCGUGUGAGAGGAAUAACAUCCCGCUCGUUGAAAUGUUGUUAGCCCACGGGGCGCCGGUCGACCUUUGUCCACUGCCUCAAACCAUCAUUGAUCGUUCUGAGUGGUGCGUUAAUGAUCCUCCUAAGUACAAGGAGACCCAAUUCCAAACUGCCCUCCAAUACAGUGUUACGAACAGAAACAUUUUUCUUGUUCGCAUGCUUCUCUCGAAGAGGGUCAAUCCCGAUUCCACAGUGAUCCCAAACCGCGGAGACACCCCCCUUCAAAUGUCAGUCAGACUUGACUAUCCAGAGAUAACUGAAAUCCUGAUAGAGAGCGGGGCUGAUGUGAAUGCCGCUCCUGGAAGGAUCAAUGGUCGUACAGCAAUGCAAGCUGCAGCGGGGAGUGGGAAUAUUCAGGUUGCGCAGAUACUUCUAAGCAGAAAUGCAAACAUAAAUGCGCCGGCAGGGUAUUCACGAGGGUUAACUGCGCUACAGGCGGCUAUAAGACAUGGGCAUCCCUUGAUGGCAGGGUUGUUGUUAAUGUCCGGUGCUGAUAUAAAUGCACCCCCUGCUCCAAUUGACGGCCUUACAGUUAUUGAAGCAGCAGCAGAAAGUGGAGAUUUGAACAUGAUCAAAGACCUCAUGCGUCAAGGAGCAAUUUUGGACAGUGCCACAGCGGAGUCAGCCAUAUUGGAUGCUAUAUCACACCAGAACCUGCCCAUGCUCAAGUUUCUCGUCGAGCAUGCCACGGCUAAUAAGAGCGACCCGGAAGAUGAGAGUAUCCCGCCCAUUGUAGCAGCGGUCAAGCUUAAAUGGGUCGAUGGUGUACGUCACCUCUUGAAAAUGGGAGCUGAUAUUAACGCCUCCUUUUAUGAUGAGUGGGAAGCCUGCGAAAAUAUGAAUGCUUUGAACGCGGCCAUCAUGAACGGAGAUACUGAAAUGAUGGAGUUGCUCUUAUCAAACGACGCGAAUCUUCAAUGGUCUUCCUCGGAAAAUCCUUAUAAUGAUGCUCUCUGCCAUGCAGUCUAUCGAAAUUCUAGUCAACUGGUUUUCUUACUCCUCGAUAAGUACAGUCCAUCAGGGUCUAUUUCUUUCGAUCCAAAUGUCCUGGCUUACGCAGUGGACUACACUCAUAAUACGACUACGAUUUUUGAAACAAUAUUAAACGCGAUAUCAAAACUUCCAAAAGGUUUGUAUGGCGCUCAUAUUUGGAACGCCUGGGACAAACUUGCAGACAAACUUGACUAUAUCAGUAAGUAUUUCGCAAUCAAAGCUGCCAAGCUACUGGUAAAGGCCGGAGCCGAAAUCAAUUCCAAAGUCGGCCCAGCCGAUGAGACACUUCUACAGAUAGCGGUGGGAUGCGGAUUUUUUGACAUGGUUGAAUUCCUCGUACGAGUGGGUGCCUAUAUACAGAUUCCAGCAUCCAGGGAUGUAGGGACACCCCUCCAAGAGGCAAUCCAAGCUCCUCGGCAUCAAUGCGCAUACCUUUUGUUGGAACACGGCGCUGAUGUAAACGCCCUUCCAGUAGAGAUAGGCGGUGUUACUGCAUUGCAAGCAGCUGCACGUCACGGCCAUAAGGACUUGGCUGUGGAACUUCUUGAGCGUGGUUCAGAUAUCAACGCACCCCCAGCAAAGAAUUGUGGUGUCACUGCACUCCAAGCAGCAGCAAUCAAGGGCCACAUAAAUAUUGCCAUCGAGCUUCUUCAACGUGGUGCAUAUGUUGCUGCCGAGGCCGCACCACUGAAUGGGAGAACGGCUAUUGAUGGAGCUGCGGAGCAUGGACGGGAAAAUAUGUUGCAACUCCUGUUGAAUCAUUACGAUGGGGAUGAGGAUUUGAAAGUUGUUUGUGAAAGAGCAGCGGUUUGGGCAGACAGGGAAUGGCAUGUUGAGAUCGCUCGAUGGCUUAGAGAAUAUCCUGGAGGAUCAACUGAAUCACUCUAA